AUGGCUAGCGGGGCUCCCCCUGCCUGGAAGCGCUCUGGGGGAGGAGCAGCAUGCAGGGUGUUACAGGACAUGGACCCCAAGCUGUCCCCAGAGGAGAAGAGGGUCCUGGAAAGGAAGCUGAAGAAGGAGCGAAAGAAAGAAGAGAAGAAGCGUCUGCAGGAAGUGGGUGUUGCUGAGGCCCAGAGCCCACCCGCCAGGCGCUCGGGAGCAGAGCUGGCCCUGGACUACCUCUGUGGAUGGGCCCAAAAGCACAAGAACUGGAGAUUUCAGAAGACGAGGCAGACGUGGCUCCUGCUACACAUGUACGACAGUGACAAGGUUCCCAAUGAGUACUUCUCUACCCUGCUGGCCUACCUGGAGGGGCUGAAGGGCAGGGCCCGCGAGCUGACGGUGCAGAAGGCUGAAGCCCUGAUGCAGGAGCUAGAUGAGACGGGCACUGGUGACCCAGAUCCCUUCCUGCUGGGGAAGACCCAGCGCAUCCGGCAGGUGCUGCAGCUGCUUUCCUAGCGGGACAGGGGCCACUGCCCCAACUCAGGGUGGUCCUUGGACCGCUCAGGAUGCAGCUGACCACCUCUUCCCAGUGGUGGUGUUGGGGGACCCAGCAGGGGUAAGCAGGGUCAGCAGCAGGUUGGUGGCCAAGUGGGGGCUAGCGGCUUCUGAGUACUAGAUCUUUGUCCCUCCCCAGCACCAGACCCUUGAAAGGGAUCUUCUUCCUCCUGACCCUAUUGGGCCAGAGAGUGUUGACAGAUGAUAGUAUGUCUUGAUACCUCUAGAGCAGAGCAUGAGCACUCCAAAACAGCCCAGAGCCAGCUUCACAUGGCCCUCAAGCCCCCUGGAAGUUGCUUUUGAGGGAAAUGUCUAUUUUUCUACCAGAUAUAUUUUAGAAAUUGGCCCGCCCCUCCUGCCAGCUGUGGUCCAUCAUUGUUGGGAUCUGGGGGCUACCUCGAGCUGGGGCCUGCACAUUCUGUCUGGCAGCCCCUCCAGUGUGGGCCCACAUUCCUGGUCACCUGCCUGACAGGGGCCCAACUGCAGCAUGUCCAUCUGUCACCUUCCUCCUGGGACCACACACAGGCUGUUGUCCAGCUACAGGGAAAGCCUGUAACUUUCCCUGGUGUCAGGAUCAUGCACCUGUGUGCAGAAAUGGACUCAGCUGGCUAUAUUUUCAAUAAAAACCAGCCCACGUUGAGCCAUG